GCCUGCCGCUCGGCGCGAUCCCGGGUCUGCCAGCGUCGCAUGCGGGAUCUAGGAAAGCAAAGUAACCACCAGUGCGGCAACCUAUAAUUUGGGCUUCGUAACUCCCUACAGGACACGGUUCUUCAGUUCCGGUGGAGUAUCAUCAGGCAGUAGAGGUAGGUGGUUGGCUACGGAAUGAGCAUCAAACCCUCACUUGCCCUGCACUAGCAGACCAAGCUGAUGGGUGCCUGCACGACAGCACGACGGAGUACCGGGCGCCCGUGCUCCACACCACCAUUAAUGGAGGACGAGACCGUCAGACCCCACGCCGCAGCAUCCACCACCACCAGCCGCCCGCCGUCCAACUGCAUUGACACCCUCUUAAAUUGCCGUCGUCCAUUUUCCACCGCACCGCGCCGUGCCACACACCACCCGCCAUCUCGCACGCGCGUUCCAAGACCGCCAGACGAUACGCAUCGCGCGCACGCGCGCACAGUACGCUCCACGAGCUCCAUCCGUGUCCAUUGCUGCCACCCCAGCCGCAACUGCUCGCUCACUAGCCGUGCAAUACAAAGCGCCUUCUCCUUCUUCGGGGCUCCAGCACCUGCAGCCAGCUGAGCUCCACGUACUCUCUCGCAGAAUAACCUCCGCCGCCAUGCCGGCCGGCGGCUCGUCCUACCUGGCGCCCAUGCCCAUGACCGGCCGCCGCAGCUUCGCCUACCACAAGCUCAAGAAGCUCCCGCCCGCUCCCGCUCCCCCCACUGCCACCACCCUCGAGCACCAAGACCAACAGCAGCAGCCUCCGCCGCCGUCCGCCGCCGCCAUCCAGGAAUCCUACCAGUCCUACUACCUCGCGCUGGGCGCCGCGGUCGCCAGGGCCCGGAGGAGGCGGCAGCGGCCGCGGAGGGUGAGGCCGCGGCUGAGGAUCUCGGGUCUGGCGCGGGCGCUGCGUCGGGGCGCGGCGGCGGCAGGGGCCAGGGUGCGCGCGUCGGUGGCCAAGGUGGCUCGGCGGCUCAGGGAGGGCCGGCCAUACAUCGGGGACCUCUUCGCCGGGAACUACAUGUUCCUGCAGGUCGCGCCGUCGCCCACCAUGGUCGCCGGGGUCGACGACAAGCAGCGCGGGUUCGCGCCGUUCACGCAGUACUACUACGCCAAGGUCGGCGCCAAGAGCAUCAUGCCGCCGCCGCCGGCCGCCGGCCGGGCGCUGCAGGUGCACCAACCUGCAGCUGCUGCGCGGGUGAUGUACAAAGUGUAGCACUGUAGGUGGUUAUUUGAUUGGUACGGUGCUCUGGUGUGUCUGGUCGAUGGUACGGUGCUCUGGUGUGUCUGGUCGAUCGUGCCAUUGGUUGUGCUAUGUAACUAUGCUAUCUACUUAUGUUCGUGCUGUCAAAGAAUGGUGGGUAAAUAAAAGUUGCCAGUUUGUUUUUUCUUUC